ACAUUUAUUUAAAAGUGUGCCGAAAUAUGCUGGAGGCAUUUGUUGGAUGUUCACUGGGGCAGCAUAGUUCCGACCGUCACAGCUCUUUUGUUCUAGCUGAGCUGGAAAACGGCUAACAUGCUGCCGGACGCCUACGGGUGUGCUGUGGCGAACAGGUUCGGGAAUCUUCUGGAUGAUGACACGGAUCCUUUCGACUUGAUCAACGAAGUGGAAUCAGAAAAGACGAAGAAGAAAAAGAAGAAGAAGGAAGAGGAGGAGAAGAAAGCAAAGCAGAAAAAACCUGGUCAGAAGGAGUCCCAAAAGGACCGACGCCUCCCUAUGGCCCUGGAUGUUCAAGAGCCGGUUCCAGUCCGUAGGCAGCAGCCACGUCCUGCACCUGUGUCUGAGAGUGGGGAGGGCAGAGAAGAAGCCCAGAAGAAAGCUGCUGCUGGGCAGCGUAGGGCCAACCAAGAGGAACCCCCACAGGAGUUUUCAGUUUCUAGGCCUUCCUAUAAUUCAGACUUUGAUCUCAGAGGCAAAGGGGGGAUCAAAGGUAGGAGAGCAGGAAGAGCUGGAGGAAAUGCAAGGAACCCGGACUACUUUAUUCUGAGGGGCAAGAGGGAAUACGAUCGGCACAAUGGAACAGGUAUACCUCCUGACGAUAAGAGAGGAGGAAGAGGAGCUUGGAACUGGGGCUCUGUUGAAGAAGCUGCAAGUGAAUUCAUGGAUGGGACAUCUCCAAUCAAAUCUGAGGACUCCCAGAUAACUGUAGAGGAAGACAAUCCGAAUCAAGCAACGGAGGAGGAGGGAGAGAUGUUAGUCCAGGUUGCUAUGGAGAUGACCCUGGAUGAAUGGAAGGCCAUGCAGGAGAUGAGUCGUCCCAAAGCAGAAUUUAAUAUCCGCAAAGCAGAAGGCAAGAUUCCCUCCAAAGCCAAGGUCAUCCACGAGUCAAAGCAUGUGGAGACCAUCAAGGUAAAUAUGGAAGAUGAAGGAAACUUCCUUCGCAGGUCUGUGAAUGAUAUCACCUCCCUCUUGGACAUCAAUUUCGGGAGCCUUGGACGUCCCACUCGUGGUGGCCGAGGAAGAGGAGCACGUGGUUGUCCUAGCAGGCGCCCAGAGAGUGUCAAACCGAUAUUGGAGAGGGCGGAGGAUGAUCUGGCACCUAACCCAGAUGACCCAGAAGACUUCCCAGCACUAUCAGCAGGGAGAUAACUGAGUAAAACCUCAUCUCCUGAUGUGACACAUUUAUUGUUUGAGGUUUUGGGUUCAAUUGCACGGAAUACACUGUUCAAUAAAUAAUUAUUUUGCAAGGUUAA